AUGGCUUCUGAAGCUCAGGUCAUCGGCGGCCACAAGGCCAACCUGCACAACCCCAACACCUCUGCUGAGGCCAAGGAGCACUCCAAGGAGGUCCUCAAGGAGGACUUCAACAUCAUCGUGGACGGCAACAAGACCAAGGACCUCGAUCACGUCGAGGCUGGCCUAAAGGGCGCCAUGCACAACGAAAACCUCCCCGUCGAGUCCCAGUUCGCCGCUGCGGAGAAGCUGGGUGAGAUCAAGAAGUAA